UCACAACGCAUCUUUUUAGGCAAACUGCUAAGAGCUAUGGAAAUUUCAACGUUCAGAAACCCUACGAAGGACUCUAGCGGACAAUCCUGUAGUCAAUAUACGAAUGAUUGGAGAAAAAGUGAAACGUAUUUAAAUGUAAGUUUAACGAAUCCAGGACUGGAAUGUUUCUCUGUGAAAGACAUCGAUGAAGUUAGUUCUGGUGCCCUUGAGGAAUUUCGAUUAAAUGGCAGAGAAUGUGAUUUAGACGAACUUGACCGUUACCAAAUGCAGAAUCGAAUAAUAAAUAAUCCAUCACAACAUAUCAUUCAACCUACAAUUACCACGAAAAAUCGAAAGAAAACGAAAACCUUCUGUGUAUUUUGUAAGAACAAUAAGGAAUCGUAUUCAGUUUAUAAAAGCCAUAUCCUGAAAGACCCGGAUGGAAAAGUACUUUGUCCAGUUCUGAGGAAGUACACUUGUCCGAUGUGUGGUUCCCGUGGCGAUAACGCUCACACUAUCAAGUAUUGUCCUCAAAAUGAAACUUUUGGAAAUUACUUGAACAAAAUGAUUGUGAAAUCUUUUAAGAAACACUGAUACCUAUAUUUGGAUUAAAAAGCAC